AUGGCAACAGCAAUAAACACAGUGACAAAAACAGCGUCAGUUGUAAAAACUACAAAAGGUAGUGAAAAAAAAUGGUCGGAAAUUUUAUCAAUGAAUCGUCGGCACGAUUUACAAUUACCAAUUGAUCUAGCUAAAUAUGAUCAUGACAUAAAACGUUCAUAUAAUUUACAUCAACGUCAAAAAUAUCAAGCAGAACGUAUAUGGGCUAAUAAACAUGAAACAUGGUAUCAUGAUGAUUUUUUAUUUCGUACUCAUUUACUUAAACAAUUAAAACCAAUAACAAGACGUUUUAAACAUAUUAAUUCACUAUCAUUAGACGAUAAUCAAGAACAACAACGAGAUCCAAUAUUAAAUGAAGACGAGAUCGAACUUUUAUCAUCAAAAACAUCAAUAAUAGAAAAAAAAGAAAACCCUACUAAAGAAUUACCUCCAAUAAAACAAAAUAAGAAACGUCCAAGUAUUCGACAUUUUCAAAAUUAUGCUAAUGAAGAAACUCAUCCACCAAAUGUUGUUUUAUCAAAAUUAGUUUGUCCAAAAGUAUUAAAUGAAUAUGAACCAAGACUUUAUUCUCAUGCUCAUGCAUCAUUUUUAGAUGUAGCCCAACGUUUUCUUAAACAUAAACCUGAAACAAUUGAAAAACGUGUUGAUUAUAAAACGAAACAAAAACAACAAAAACAAUAUGUCAAAGUUCUUAUUGAUAAUGAACAAGAACGUACAAGAUUAGCUACUCUCAAAUUUCAACAACAAUUACAAGAAGAUAAAAAUAAAGAAGAUACUUAUGAUAAUUAUGAUGAUGACAAAGAAAGUUUUUAUACCAGACCUUUUUAA